AUGAGCGAGGACGACAAAGUUGAAGAAGAAAGUCGUCGCUUGUCACGUCUGGGGGAACCUUGGAUGAGCGAUGUUUUUUUCACCUUUUGCCACAGGCUACCAGAAAAUGAUCAAGGAUUUCAAGGUGUUGCUGGGAAGCAGGAGCAGGUGCGGGAGGGCAAGUCUGCAAUGCGAGGUGCAGAGAUUUCUGAGUGCCCAGGGAUUUUUUCAACGGCUGGUGCACGCGCUGUACUGUACUCGAGUUAUCUCGAGCUGAAUCUGGCGUUGCAUUUGGUGGCCGACUACUCCAAGUACAAGACCUUGCAUACCAGCACCAUGUGUCACCAUUGUUUGGUGAAGAAGACUCCUAUUAGGCUGGCGGUCCAGCUUCAUCCAACACUAGCGGGGCUUCGUUUUGCCCCCCCGAACCUCAAAUCACCCUUUUGGAAUCGUUUUUUGUUCAUUAACUUUAGUAUAUAG